AACCAUGUGGUGCUUUCAAUUUUUUUUCAGCCACACCUUCAAAAAUGGCUGACAUCUAUUGCUAUCAGUUAGUGGAAGCUACUCCAUAUUUGGAGAGAGUGAUUGAUCAUCUUCUGUCUUCAGCAAACAGAGAGAGUCUUCCUAAGCCACUGUCCAGGGAGCUGGAGGGAUGGAGGGAGAGAGAGACUGGGGUUGAGUUCAAAGAAGGAGUGGUCUGUGAUUGCAAGGUCAUAAAAUUCUCCACAGUCAAAGAAAUAAAGAAGCAAUUGAAGGAAACUCCAUUGGACGGAAAAUCACCUUUUAUUCACGAGCUGCUUCAAGGUAGUCGGAUUGUGUUUCCAAGGCAACAGGCUCCACCCAGAAAUCCUGAGCUGGUUGCGAGGCUCGAGACAAUCAAGGCAUCUCUUGAAAAUGCAGAGUACAAUAAGAUGGUCUUUGGAAAACAAAAAAAAGACGAAACAUUAAAAGAUAUAAAAUUAGAUGUUCAAGCGACUCAUCGGCAGCUGCUAGUAAUGUUCAACUUUUUCCUUACUGUCGUUGGGUCGUUUAUUUUCGGAUAUUUUGCAGCUUAUUAUGCAGGGAUGGACUCCACAGCUUGCUUUGCAACUGGUCUUGUUUUUGGAUUGGCAGUACUAUUUGCGGAUGUUUAUUUUAUCAUCAAACAAUUAUAACACGAUUAGUAAAGGCAGAAAUCAUUUCAAAAGUAUCUUAUUCUUCAUAUUAAUUUUAGUGAAAUUGCAAAAAAAAAAUCUUAUUCACUUACAGUGAAAUUAUAAA